UACUUCAAUAACAUCUGCCAAAGUCCAAGUGAAUGGAGUCCAGCUGCAUUAUCAGCAGACAGGAGAAGGAAGCCAUGCAGUUCUUCUGCUUCCCGGAAUGCUAGGGAGUGGUCAAACCGAUUUUGGACCACAGCUUAAAUCCAUGAAUAAGCAACUUUUCACAAUUGUUGCUUGGGAUCCUCGGGGAUAUGGACAGUCCAUUCCUCCAUCUCGAGACUUUCCUCCAGAUUUCUUUGAGAGGGAUGCAAAAGAUGCUGUGGAUCUUAUGCAGGCAUUGAAAUUUAAGAAGUUCUCUUUGCUGGGGUGGAGUGAUGGUGGAAUUACAGCACUCAUUGCAGCUGCAAAGUAUCCAACUCUUAUCCACAAGCUGGUUGUCUGGGGAGCAAAUGCCAGUGUCACUCAAGAGGAUGUGAGAAUUUAUAACGGCAUCCGAGACGUUUCAAAAUGGAGUGAAAAGGUCAAGAAACCACUGGAAGAGAUGUAUGGGCAUAAGUACUUUGCAAAAACCUGUGAGGCUUGGGUAGAUGGAAUAUCUCGCUUUGCUGAAAAAUCAGAUGGUAAUAUCUGCCAACAGUUGCUGCCAGAUAUUAAAUGUCCCACAUUUAUAAUUCAUGGUGAGAAAGACCCUUUGGUUCCACAAGCUCAUGCAGAAUACAUUCAUAAGCACAUUAAAGGCUCUCGACUGCUUCUGAUGCCAGAAGGAAAGCAUAAUCUACACCUGCGUUUUGCAGAGGACUUCAAUAGACAAGUGGAAGACUUCCUACGCUGA